AAAACCCACAGAAAAUGCAGAAAUCUACAAGCACUAAAACUUCGACAAGCACGAAGAAUGGGAAGACGGUGAAAACAACAGUGAAAGAGGAAACCACCAUCUACCCUGACGGACGGAAGGAAGUCAAGACGACGACAACGAUCGACGACGGCGGGAACAUCUCAGAGGAAGUUAGUACCUCUGUUAGCCAGGGCCAGCCAUCGCCAUCUGGUGGGUCCGGAACAUCAGUGGCCUCCAAGCCUGCCAAUGGCUCGCAAGGGAACCAGACUUUGGAUGAAUGCAACCAAGAUGCCCUGAAAGCUCACAAUGAACUGAGGGCUAAACAUGGAGUACCCCCGGUCACACUGGCAAAGGAUCUUCAAGAAUACGCUCAAAAAUGGGCCGAACAUAUGGCUGGUAAGAACGAUUUUAAUCACAGUAAUUGCAAGCUGAACGGACAGAGCAUCGGGGAGAACAUUGCCUACACUGGAUCCUCACGACCCACGGAUUAUGCAGGAAAAGAUUUCACUCAGUCAUGGUACAGCGAAAUAAAAGACCACAAAUUUGACAAAGACAGCCAAAGUGGGACAGGCCACUUUACUCAAGUUGUCUGGAAAGGAACGACGGAGGUGGGCUUUGGCAAGGCCAAGUCAGUGGAUGGCUGCAAAGUGUAUGUGUGCGGGAGUUACCGUCCCGCCGGAAAUAUGAUAGGAGAUUUCAAGAACAACGUUUUCCCACCAAAAUAAAUCUGCACCGGAAGUCGAUUAUUUGCCAUAAUAGUGGUUUUUACGACGCUUGAAUUUUAUAGUUUUAUAUUAUCACUUUUGAGAAUUCUAUACAUUCCUUUAUGUUUAUUUUAUAAUAUUUUAUUUCAUUUAUAUUUAAUAAUGACUUUUAUUAACAUGACAAGCAAUAAAUGUUUUAUAGAUUA